CCGGUGCGCGCUCGGCGCUUCGUCCCCAAGGAAGCGCGGACGCCGAGGCGCCCCCGUAUAAAUCCCCCGCUCCCAACUUGUGUUCCAUCGAAUCCUCGAAUCGAAUCGCGACCAAAUCCCCCGCCCCCACGCUCCCCUUCCCUACCCUCAUCACCCCGCGCGCACGCACCAACCCCCCCACUCGCGUCCGUCCUCACACUCCAUCCGCCGCCCCACAACCGAUCCCCCUCGCGGGCGCAAUGACCGCCGUCGCGGCGGCGGCGCCGCCGCCGCGGCAGCUGAGCCUGGAGGACCUCAAGGCGGUGUCCGUGCUGGGGCGCGGCGCCAAGGGCGUCGUGUUCCACGUCGUGCCCGCCCCGGGGGAGCCGGAGGGCGAGGCGGCCAUGGCGCUCAAGGCGGUCUCGCGGGAGGCCGCGCGGCACAAGAAGGCGGCGAGCGGGGACGGGGACGGCCACCGCCGGAUCUGGUUCGAGCGGGACGUGCUCCUCGCGCUGCGCCACCCGCUGCUCCCCUCGCUCCGAGGCGUCCUCGCCACCGACGCCGUCGUCGGCUUCGCCAUCGACCGCUGCGGCGGCGGCGACCUCAACUCACUCCGCCGGCGCCAGACCGAGAAGAUGUUCUCCGACUCCGUCAUCCGGUUCUACGCGGCGGAGCUGGUGUUGGCGCUCGAAUACCUGCACAGCCUCGGUAUCGUGUACCGGGACCUCAAGCCGGAGAACGUCCUCAUCCAGGACAGCGGCCACAUCAUGCUCGUCGACUUCGACCUCUCCACGCGGCUCCCGGCGCCGCCGCAGGAGCCGGACGCCCCGGCCGCGAGUCCCAAACCGGCGCCUCCGGUCGCCGCGCCGUCGCCGAGCCGCGGGAAGCCGAAGAAACCCGCGGGCGCGGCCCUGUGCUUCCCGUUCCGCACUGGCGGCUCCUCGAAGCAUGCCGUCCCGGCCGCGGACUCGCCGUCGCCGCCGUCCACCUCGCGGACGGCCUCCUCGUCGUCCUCGUCAUCGACGGCGACCACGGCUUCCUCCGCUGCCUCCGCCGGCGCGCGGACACCCGCGAAGUCGAACUCGUUCGUGGGGACGGAGGACUACGUGGCGCCGGAGAUCAUCGCCGGGCGCGGCCACGACUUCGUCGUGGACUGGUGGGGCCUAGGCGUGGUGCUCUACGAGAUGCUCUACGGGCAUACGCCGUUCCGGGGGCAGAACCGCAAGGAGACCUUCUACCGCGUCCUCACCAAGCAGCCGGAGCUCGUCGGCGAGCAGACGCCGCUGCGGGACCUCAUCGCCCGCCUCCUCGAGAAGGACCCCGAGAAGCGCAUCGGCGCGCGCGGCGUCAAGGCCCACCCCUUCUUCCGGGGCGUCGACUGGGACCGCAUCCUCCACGUGGCGCGCCCGCCGUUCAUCCCGACCCUGCCGCAGGACGAGGACGGCGACGAGGCGCUCGACGUCGAGAAGGUCGUGCGCGAGGUGUUCGCGUCCAAUGACCCCGAGGCCGCAAAGGCGGGCGAGGGCGAGAAGGCCUCGCCGGAGGCGGACGGGGGCAGCGGCGGCGGCGAUGGCGUGGGGAGGAGAGAUCCAUCAAAAGAUGGUGAUUUCUCCGUGUUUUUCUGAGCUUAUAUAAUUUUAAGUUUAAAAAGUUAAUUACCGCUAGUAGUUAUAUUUGUUGAUUUUUGAGUUCCUUUUUCUUAAGGACUUGUAGUAUGAAAAUGAUGGGAUUUAGCGGAUGAGAUUAGGAGUGAAUACGGCGCAGUGGCCGGUGGAGUACAUAAAUUAAAGAGGUGCUCCUGUUCAAUGGGGUAUAGGCACUAUAGUUUUCUUUCUUUCGUUUUAUUUUCUCCUUUUAUUUGCUUCUUUGUUGGAUAUACUUUGCUUCGUACAUAACGAAUAAUAAGAGCAGAAUUAGCUCAUUGAAUGUAAACUAUCACCGAAUAAUAAGAGCAGAAAAGGCAUUUCGAUUAUCUUGUUAA